AUGGCCGCCUCCCGAAUGGACGUCGCGCAGAGAGUGGCCGCUUUUGAGUUCGCGUGCCACGCCAUGGAUGUUGUGUUUUCGAAGACCCAUUACCUGCCGAAGAUUCCACGACCCGCCCUUCGUGACCGAGGAAAUCCUAUGGAGCUCUAUGACGAGGAACAAUUCCACGCUCGCUACCGGUUCACAAAGCACGCCGUGCGGCAGCUGCUGUCUAUGCUGCCGCUCCAAGAAAGCGGGGACAAUCGAGGUCAGCCUGUGCCACCUAUGCUGCAGCUGUUGAUGGCGCUCAGAUUUUACAGCGCUGGGACGUUUCAAACAGUGACCGGGGACCUCGUCCGCAUUCCGCAGUCUACAGUGUGCCGCGCAGUCGGAAAAGUGACCAUGCUGAUAGCAAAGCACUUGUAUUCCAUACUGGUGCGCUUUCCUCAGCCGGCGGAAUUUCAACAAGUUAUGCGGGACUUCUAUGAAGUGGCCGAAUUCCCUGGAGUGACGGGAUGCAUAGACUGCACGCACGUGCGGAUUAAAAGCCCCGGCGGUGAAAAUGACGAAGUGUUUCGCAAUCGCAAAGGCUAUUUCUCCUUCAAUGUGCAGGCUGUGGCUGGACCAGGACUCCAGUUUUUCGACAUUGUUGCCGGCUGGCCCGGCUCUGUUCAUGACAGCAGAAUUUUUGACAACUCCCGCUUGCGGGUUCUGUACGAACAAAACCGGGUGCCCGGAGUGCUGUCGGGCGACGCUGGAUACGCAUGCCAGCCAUAUUUAUUUACACCGUUUUCAGAACCAGGCCCCACGGACACACCCAAGGGAAGGUACCAAAAAGCCCAAAUAAAGACUCGGAACGUCGUUGAGAGGGCGUUCGGCGUGUGGAAGAGGCGUUUCCCUUGCCUGGACAUGGGAAUGCAGCACAAGGCCAAAAACAUCGUGCACAUAAUCACAGCUUGUGCUGCACUCCACAACUUGGCCUGCUUAUUAAGGGAACUAGAGCCACCCGCUCAAAGGGUUCCGCAGCCUUCCCCUAUCAGUACAGUGGCAACCAGAACAGUGCACCUGCCACCUGUUGAUCGCCUCACCGACAGCCGUUCAGGAAAUCAAGCACGGGACCUGCUCAUACGCAAGAGCUUCACAUAGUCAAAAACUGCAUAAAUUUCGACACUCGGCCAUACAAACUCUUUUUAUGGCUGCUGUGCACGCUAAUAUGUUUAUCAACCAUGCAUGAAAAUAAAUAUACACUGACAUGCUUUCAUCAUUU